AUGGACGACAAACACCUCGAGGCGCACCCGACGUCCAUCGUUGAUAAGGACGACAUCGCGGGCGCCAAGGGCGAACACGUAGAGGAGAUUGGCCACGUGGCGACUGCGGAAGAUCACGAGGAAACUGUUUUCCAGGCCAUCAAGAACCAACCAUGGGCGUUUGCGUGGUGUAUCUAUGCCAUCUACGUCCUUAUUCUCACCAGCUUUGAUAACCAGGCGGGUGGAACCGUCCUUGGAAUACCUCAGUUUCGCAAAGAUUUCGGAUCCGAGUUCAACGGGAACUAUGUUCUCCCUGCUAAGUGGCAAUCUGCUUAUAGCGGAGCCCCUGUGGCAUCUGCCGUCGUUGGAUCUCUCGGCGCCGGCUGGGUAGCUGACCGCAUCGGCCGCAAGUGGACCUACUUCAUCAGCUACAUCUUCAUCUUUGUCGGCAUCACCCUCGAAAUGAUCAGCACCACUAACGAGAUCUUCUUCGCGGGCAAGUUUGUUGCCGGAUUUCCCAUCGGCGCAUUCAUUACCGUCAGCAUGACAUACAUUGGCGAGAUUGCACCCUUGGCCCUUCGUGGUAUUUUGACUGCCGCUGCAGCCAUCGCCUUCACCAUUGGCCCAUUCAUCGUUUCUCUGGUCGUCAACGAGACUGGAACCCGCACCGACCGCUGGGCCUAUCGCACAAUCUUCGUCUCACAAUACGGCAUCAGCGGCGUUGGUGCCCUCUUGCUGUUUUUUAUGCCCGAGUCGCCGUGGUGGUUGGUCAACAAGGGCAAAAUGCAAAAGGCUGCAAAGUCUUUGAGCCGUCUCGGCUAUGAUGCCGUCCAGGUUGAGAAGCGCAUAUCUGUGAUUACCCUUACGCUCGCUGAGGUGCGCAAAGAGACGGAGGGCGCCAGCUUUGCAGAGUGCUUCCGCAAGUCCAAUCUUCGCCGCACCAUCAUUUCUGUCGCGCCCUUGAGCAUCCAGGCUCUAUGCGGCGUUUUCUUCGUGGCAUCGUACUCUACUUACUACCAGCAAUUGGCUGGAUAUAGCACCAAGGAAAGUUUCACGCUGGCCAUUGUGCAACAGGUCAUGUCCAUGCUCGGUAAUGUCACCGCGUGGUUCCUCAUUGACCGAAUUGGUCGCCGUGGCCUCACUCUCUGGGGAAUGUGCACCCUUACUGUCCUUCUCAUGAUAACUGGUGGUCUUGCUGUCGCUGCGACACCUGGUGCCGUCAAGGGAACGGUUGCACUGUUGUUGGUGUAUUGCUACAUCUACAAUGUUACCAUCGGAGCCACGGCGUACUCCAUCUUGACCGAGGUGGCAACCUCACGUCUCCGUGCCAAGACUGCCUCCAUGGCAUUGGCUUUGCAAAACAGUCUCUUUACCAUGUGGGCUUUCGUUAUCCCGUUCCUUUUCAACCCCGACCAGGCCAACCUCGGUGCUAAGGUGGCCUUCAUCUUUGGCGGGUUUUCUGUGCUGUCCACCAUUUACCUCUGGUUUUACCAACCUGAGGUUGCCGGCAGGUCGUAUGAGGAACUUGAUGAGAUGUUUAUCAAGCAGAUUCCAGCACGGAAAUUCAGGGGCUACAAAACAGAGGUGCAGGAGAAGAGCCAAAGAGCAGUUGCGGAACAGCAUUAA